AUGCGACAACUUUCGACAAAUACCGUCCGGUUGCGACGUGCCCUUCCUGUACAAUUGUCUAUAUACUUGAGAUCAAUAACAGCUUCAACUCAAAAUACAAAUAUUUACACUUACUAUCCUUUCCGGACACACGCUACCCGAGGUUUACACACGUCUUGCGAAAAGCCUGGCGCGAAUCUACACAUAACCGAUCACUUCGGGGCAAGACCAUCAUAUCCACCCUCUCGAAUUAAUAGCUCUACAAGCUACUCAUCCAAUUUCUCGAGCUCGGCGUUCCUCCAGAAAGAAGUUCCAGAUUGGGAAGACAACCCGGACCUGUCUAUCUCAAAAUUCUCCGAACUGCCAUCGAAGAACUUUGGUGUCAAUCAGCACAUGGUCAUUAAUGAGGAAUUCAAAGAAGCUCUUCGACAGAUAUUGUGGAAGUUCCGCGCACCUAUAAGAUAUGCCUUCGCCUACGGUUCGGGUGUUUUUUCGCAGACCGCAACGGCAGGUUCGGAGUCAGACCCCGGCCACCCUGCACCACCUCCAGCUAUUCAAAAUGUUCAGCAAGGCAAAGGGAAGAUGAUUGAUUUUAUAUUUGGCGUAUCACAUACACAACAUUGGCACUCCCUCAACUUGCAGGAGCAUCGGGACCACUACUCCGCACUUGGCUCCCUUGGCUCCGGUGCUGUGUCAGCGGUACAAGACAAAUGGGGAGCCGGUGUCUACUUCAACCCUUUUGUAACGGUCAACGGUACACUCAUCAAGUACGGCGUGGUGAACAUCGAUACAUUAUGCAGAGAUCUCAGUCAAUGGGAUACCAUGUACCUUGCUGGACGUCUACACAAACCAGUGAAAAUUCUGCGCGAUCACCCACGAGUACGAGUAGCGAACCAGGUCAACCUACUCUCGGCAUUGCGCGUCGCACUGCUCAUGCUACCUCGUGAAUUCACUGAACGCCAGCUUUAUACCACAAUUGCCGGACUCAGCUACAUGGGUGACCCUCGCAUGACUGUGUCUGCAGAGGAUCCCGAUAAAGUAAGAAAUAUUGUAUCGGGCCAGAUGGACUAUUUCCGACGUCUAUAUGCGCCUUUGAUUGAGAAUCUGCCGAAUUGCGAUUUCAACGACUCUCGCUGUUCCGAAUCAGACUGGAUCGAUGACCCGUCAGCGAAUGUAAAGCUCACUCAAGACAUGGAUCCCGUGAAGCGAGGAAACAUGGUACGGCGGCUGCCCAAAUCCUUCCGAGAGAAGCUAUACUUCCAGUAUCAGAGUCGGUACCAGAUACCGCGAUCAGAAUUCCUCGAAAUGAUGCAAAAGACAAGUGAUGAAGACCCCGAGCGCAUCCACCGGAGACAAGGAGGGGCCUUUGAGCAGCGUAUCGCAGCUGAUCCAAGUCUCAAGGAGGAGCUUCAACAUACCAUUACAAAGACAAUCCGAUGGCCAGCGACCAUGCAGACUAUUAAGAGCGCAUUUACGGCGGGUCUCGGUAGGGCUUGGACAUAUGUUAGCGAAAAGCGAAAGAAGCACGUCAACUCCAAGAAGAGGAGCUUGACGGAUCCUGACCAUCCCGCUACAAACCCCGGGACCGCCGAAAAACCAACACAACCGGAAAACGUUGUGGAAAAAGCCAAAAGUGAUUGA